CUCCUAUCAUGCUGCAGUGGCUGAAUUGUUUCUGUUCCAUGCGAAAGGUUUAUCUUCUGACACUCUUCCCUUAGUUAGUCUAUUUUGUGUUCAGUGAGAGAUCCCACAGGUGUGUGUGACAUUCUCAGUCCGACGUCUAUAUAGACCCCCGGCUUGUGCGGCUGUCAUCUUCUUUUGCUUUCCUGCUGCUGUCAUGGCCCUGCUGAGAGUGUCAUCGUACCGUAAGCUGUUUGAGGAGGAGCAGUGGAGCCAGGCUGCAGGACGCUGUGGAGUCCAGGCCCGCUCCGCUGCCAGGGGUAGAGUUUCAGUGAGUGAAUGUCCCGAGCUGGAUUUUGCCGCAGCUCGUGCCCUAAACAAAGAGGGUGUGGCUCGAUUUGUCCAUGAGCGCUCUGUCAUCGCUGCCCUCAACGAUCGCCUGGCCGGCCUCAUCGAUGUGGUUCGGUGUCUAGAAGAGGAGAAUGAAUCUCUGGAGGCUGAAAUCAUUGAGCUGGAAGAGAGGCUAGAGUCAGAGCAGAUCACCACAACCACCGUCAGCAUCAGUGGCCCUGUCGACUACAGUCUGGAGGCUGUGAUAGAGAGGCUACGGAAAGAAAAGGAGGAGAUUUUAUGCAACACGGAGGAGCUGAAGGGUGAGCUGCGGCGUCUGCAGAUGAAAUAUGAUCAGGUGGUUGAGCACAAGACUCUCAUCCAGCAAGAGCGAGAAGAUGUUUCUUUGGAGGUGGAUGUAAUUACCACUGACUGCCUAGCCCUUCGAGAGCAAGUGGCCAUCUAUGAGGAGCAGCUUGCUGCCAUGGAGAGGCAGCAUGAAAUGCGGCUGGAGAAGCUGUGUGAACCCAGGCCUCUGGAUGAAGGUUCUCCAACUGUAACUGUGCAGUUCCCCGCCUUUGAUAUCACUCCAGCCAUCAUGGACAUCAAGGAGUUCUACAGCGAGCUGGCUGAGAGCCUCAAGUUUGAGCCCAGAGCCUCAAGCGCUGCCGCCAUUGAUGCCGCAGGAAAGGAGAAGGAGGAGCAGCUGGCUAAGUUGACUGGAGGGAAAGUGAAGGACGUCUCCAAAGAGACUGAUGUGAAUGUCCUCAAGAACCUGAUUGCAGAGCUGCAGAAAGAGGUGGCAGAGCUGGAGAAGCGUGGAGACGAGUUGGAGGCUGAAAUAGAAGCUAAGGAAGCCAAAUACCUGGAGGAUAUAGAGGAGCUGGAGAAUUACAUUUGUCAGCUGGAGGAGGAGGAGGCUGAUCUUCAGUUCCAGAUGAAGGAUCAAACUGGGGACUAUGAAGAACUGCUGAAUCAGAAGAUGAAUCUAGAAAUAGAGAUUGCUGCUUAUAGGGGUUUGGUUGAAGAAGAGGUGGAGAGACUGAGCUGCCUGUAAGAUGCGAGAAGAGGUGAUGCUCUUCUCUGGACUGAAGCAAACACAAAGAAACACUAAAACCACAUAAAGUUCAACCCUUAACAAUGAGUCUCACAAAUCAAGAAAGUAAAGAAAACAGCUGUCAGACACACUUAACCUUCUGAGCAGAUGUAAACCUUCACUGACAGAUGAACUUCAGGGAGUUUGUGCAAGCUCAUUGAUAACGGGUCAGUGGCAGGUAACCCGGGGUCUUCAAGAAACACUGGAUCUGUGCAGCAGUGGGAGUGUUGGGGGAUUUUCAGCACAGGAAUCUUCUGCUUGCAGUUACAUAGUCCAUCACUGAUAAACAAACAUACACUAUAUAGUUACAAAGUUUGAGGUCAGUAAGAUUUAUUUUUAAAAUAAAUUAAUACUUUUAUUCAGCAAGGAUGCAUUAAAUUGAUCAAAGUUAGAGGCUUCUUUCAAAAACAUUAAAAAACUCUUACCAACCUCAAACUUUUGAAUGGUGGUGUACGUUUCAUUCACACUUUAGAGUUUUAUCACUCUGCAGAUAGAGCCUGAUGAUACUCACUUUACCUUUAACCUUUCCUGUUCUGUCCAAAAGCUGUUUUAGAUCUGUCUAUAAGUACAUUUACAUUAAAAUUUUGAUUUCAAUCUGACUACAGAAAUAAUUCGUCUUUUUAAAAUGUUUAAGUCUCACCAGUCUGGUUUUGUAAUUCAGACUAAGAGACCUUCCAGCAUAUGCAUUAAAAAUGUAUUCCUUCAAAUAUGUAAUUAUGCAUUGUGUUGUGUACUUUGACAGAUAGACUUUUGAUUGGAUAAAAAACACAUAUUGACAGAUAAGGUAACUAAAUUUCCCAAAUAACUCUAGUGCUCCACAUUUUCAUUGACUUGUUAGACUUUUUGCUUAUCCCUUAUCAUCUGCAGCUAGUUUUUAAUUGAACAUACAGUACUGACUCUCUUCUGUGCAACAACUUACAGCAUUUAAAUAAAUCUUUGCCUUUAAAAUCA